UAAGGAUUUCGAUUUUUGUCGUGUCGUUGGCUUCGUCUUUUAUCGAUCAAUUAAAAGAACAAAACAAAACACACACAAAAAAAAAAAAGUGAUUCGGAUUAUUCCCCAGUUGUGCUGACUCUGUUUCUCAUCAUCAUUCAUCAAGGUGCGUGGUGAUUCCAACGCUCGUAUCUCAAACCAACCGACAGAAAAAACAUCAAGAAAAACACAAAACACAAAAAAAUGUUCGUGUGGAGGUUACUGCUGGUCACCGCCUUCAUCGGCGCGGUGGUCCUAGCCGCUGAGGAAGUCAAGAAAACCGAAGAGAAAGCCGCCGACAAGCCCGUCGUCGUCGUCGUGGAAAAGGCGGUCGAGAAAACGGCAGACAUUGUUCAACCGGCAGAUAAAAGCGUAGCGACAGCAGCGCAAAAGGAUGCAGUGGUUAGCCCUUUGGCCGGAACGCUAGCAGCGCCAGCGGCCGUUGCUAAAGCGCCGGCCAAAGUCGCUCAAAAUCGAGUGGCCGUCAUUGACGCUGUCGAAGGCGAAGAGGAGGAGGAGGAAGCGGAAGAGGAAGAGGAAGAGCCGCACGCUUCGGCUUUGCACGCAGAACACCGUGAAGCUGUUGAUGAGGAAGAGGAGGAAGAAGAUCAAUUGGCUUUGGAGACAUCCAAUGUCCAGGAGAAGGACGGAGCUGGACACGGACACGGACACCAUCAUCACGAACAAGGCCCAGCUUACCAUACUGGCGGCGGAUCGCAGCAUUACCACGGCAAACAACAAGGUCCGAUUCCGGUGCCACUGCCCGUUCCGGUUCAUCCGGCAUCGGUCGUUUUGCCCACGUUGCCUAAACAGCAAUACAACCCGCCGGCGCAGUACAAAGCUCCUCCACCGAGCCCGUACAUUCCUUCGGCUUCGGCUCCUGCUCCGGCUUACCAGUCCGUUCCUCCUCCACCUCCGCCACCUGGACCUCAGGCCGCCUAUUCGGCUCAACGGCCCGUCUACUCUCAGGCACCACCUCCGCCCAGGCCGCAAUAUCAGCCUCAACCGCAGCCUGCCUACCAACCACCUCCACCUCCACCAGCUCAACCUAUCUACGCUCCUGCCCCUCAGCCAUCUUACCAACCACCUCCUCCACCUCCCCCACAGCCGUCUUAUCAACCACCUCCCCCACCUCAGGCUCAGCCAUCUUACCAGCAGACGGCGUUCCAACCACCUCCGCCACCACCAUCUUACCAGCCACCCGCUCAGGCUUACCAACCUCCUCCACCACCUCCACCGGCCGAGAGGAACUCGUACGGACCGACUAGCGCUCCCUCUUUGCCCGAACCUGCCCAGCAAGUGCAACAGUACCGUCCCGAAGCAACGGUCGCUCUUCCCGCACAAGCCGCCCCAUCUGAACCGUGGCCAGCCCCCGUCCAGGACAUGCCCAGGAUCGUUUCGCUGGAUGUCAAAUGCGAAAAGAAUCUGAUGAAGGUCUUCAUUGAAUUUGAUAAACCUUUCAACGGGGUCAUCUUCUCAAAGGGACACUACGCCAACGCCAACUGCGUCCACCUGCCGGCAGGACUCGGCCGCACGUCGGCUAACUUCGAUGUCAGCAUCAACACUUGCGGUACAACUGGCAACACUGAAAACGGCCUUUACGGCUAUGGCUCUCAGGCCGGCUCGGGAACAUUCUUCGAGAAUACAAUCAUUGUCCAGUUCGACCCUCAAGUCCAGGAAGUGUGGGAUCAGGCCCGCAAAUUGCGCUGCACUUGGCACGACCAGUACGAGAAGUCGGUCACGUUCCGUCCGUUCCCCGUCGACAUGUUGGACGUCGUUCGCGCUGAUUUCGCCGGCGACAACGUCGGAUGCUGGAUGCAGAUCCAGGUCGGCAAAGGACCAUGGGCUUCUGAAGUGUCCGGCUUGGUCAAAAUCGGUCAGACGAUGACCAUGGUGCUGGCCAUCAAGGAUGACGACGGCAAAUUCGACAUGCUCGUCCGCAAUUGCAUGGCUCACGAUGGCAAACGGGCGCCCAUCCAAUUGGUCGACCAGCGAGGUUGCGUCACACGACCCAAACUCAUGUCACGAUUCACGAAAAUCAAGAACUUUGGCUCUUCCGCAUCCGUCCUCUCUUACGCCCACUUCCAGGCUUUCAAAUUCCCCGAUUCGAUGGAGGUUCACUUCCAGUGCACCAUUCAAAUCUGUCGCAAUCAAUGCCCCGAUCAGUGCGCGGGAUCUGAGCAAUACUCGGCUGCUUCGUCAGUGUCAGCCAGCGAGCCGAGGAAUCCUUACAACAGGAUCGGGGCAGUGGCCAGCAGACCACGAGCUGAAGAUCAGGAUGGCAUUCAAAGAUCGCCGAGAAGUCAGCGCGAUGUCAGCGCCUCUGAACAAGAGCCGACUCGGGCAGAGCAACAGGAUGUCGGUAUCAACCGCAUCAUCCAGGUGGUGUCCACCGGCGAUUUGACGUUCGCCCUGGAACAGCAGAGCGACAACACGACGACCAUCGUCUUCCCGUCGCGUUCAGAGACCGAAGGUCUCAUUUGCAUGACCUCUCCCGGCUUCGCGGCCACUCUGGUCGUUCUCCUGCUCAUCUUGAUCAUUUCCUGUUUGCUGUCCGCCUUCCUCUGCAUCCGGCACCGGGCCUUCGGUGUCGACCGAUCGUUAGUCUCAGCCUUCGCCAAUCCAGCUUUCGCCCACAAGAAGGGCCAUUUUUAGACAUUUGAAAUAAUCGCAUCAUUUGGUCGGAGAAGACGUAUUAUUAUAAAACAAAUAAUUUGGGGGGGGGGGACUAGUGACGAUCCAGCAAGUUGGAUCACGGACGUGCCGCGCGCCUUUCUUAAUGGAUUGCGCGCAACACUAAAGACGCAUUUAUUUAUUUAUUAUUAUUAUUUUUUUAAACACAGCACACGGACACAGACACAAGACGUUUUUAUUUUAUUUUUGUUUUCUUUGACGACGACUGGACAAACACGAAUUCACGCACAGACUUCUUGACAUUUACGGGGGACAGUUUGUUUUUUUAUUGUUUUGACGACCCAUUUUUUUGUUUGUUGUUGGACGAGACGCAUCACAUCACGGGUGACAUUUUCUCUGGAGCCUAUACUAUUUAAUGAGAAUUUCACUUUUCCUUAAGUUAAUUUCUUUUCAUUAUACAUUUUCAAAUAAAAAUGGAAAAGACACAA